AUGGGUUUCGGGAGAUCUUCUUCUUCUUCCUCGACUCUGAAAUGGCUUGGUUUCGUUACGGCGGUUUGGGUCCAAUCCAUCUCCGGCAACAACUACACAUUCUCCAAUUACUCCGACGCUCUCAAAUCCCUAAUGAACCUCACUCAGCUCGAGCUCAACAACCUCUCCGUCGCUAAAGACGUCGGAAAAGCAUUCGGAAUCCUCGCCGGACUCGCUUCCGAUCGUCUCUCCACUCCCGUUAUCCUUCUCAUCGGCUGUUUCGAAGGCCUUCUCGGUUACGGCGUACAAUGGCUCGUCGUAAGCCGCACGAUCCAGCCUCUACCUUACUGGCAGAUGUGUGUGUUCCUCUGUAUGGGAGGGAACAGCACGACGUGGAUGAACACGGCGGUUCUGGUGACUUGCAUAAGGAAUUUCCGGCGGAAUCGUGGUCCGGUUUCCGGGAUUCUCAAAGGAUACGUCGGUUUGAGCACCGCGAUUUUCACGGAUCUCUGCACUGCUCUGUUCUCCUCCGAUCCGGCUUCUUUCCUCGUCCUCCUCGCCGUCGUGCCAUUCGCCGUCUGCCUAACCGCGGUUUUCUUCCUCCGCGAAAUCCCUCCGGCUACUUCCGCCGCAGAGGAAAACGAGGAGUCGCGGUACUUCGUCGUGUUCAACAUCGUCGCGGUCGUGGUCGCCGUUUACCUUCAGUCGUACGACCUAAUCGGAGUCAAAACCGGAGCGAUCUCCGUCGCAUUCGCCUCCAUACUUCUCGUCUUGCUACUAUCUCCGAUCGCCGUCCCUUUCCACGCCUUCAUCCGAAGCUUGAACUCGAACGAUCGCGACGAACGAGACAUCGAAGGACGAAUCGACGAACCGUUGCUUAGAUCCGAGAUCGUUGAGGAGACGGUGAUCGGCGCUGCAGCAACGGCGGAUAACGAGCUCCCACCGUCGAAGGAAGAUCUCGGAACCAUUGCGACGACGACGGAGGAAGUGGAGAAGAAGAGGCCGGUGGUGCUUGGAGAGGACCAUACCAUAUUGGAAGCGGUGUUGACCGUUGACUUCUGGGUGUUGUUCGUGUCGUUCCUUUGUGGCGUAGGGACUGGUUUAGCAGUGAUGAACAAUAUGGGCCAGAUUGGGCUUGCUCUUGGUUACACUGACGUGUCCAUUUUCGUCUCCAUGAUGAGCAUUUGGGGAUUCUUUGGCCGGAUUCUCUCCGGUACCAUCUCCGAGCACUUCAUCAAAAAAGCUGGAACACCAAGGCCGUUAUGGAACGCAGCAUCUCAAAUCAUGAUGGCGAUAGGAUAUUUACUGAUGGCUUUAGCCAUGCCUGGUUCGCUCUACAUCGGUUCGAUUGUGGUUGGGGUUUGUUACGGAGUCCGAUUAGCAAUAACCGUACCAACAGCCUCGGAACUCUUUGGUCUCAAAUACUAUGGACUCAUCUACAACAUCCUCGUACUUAAUUUACCACUUGGGUCGUUCCUCUUCUCGGGUCUUCUCGCUGGUUUCCUCUACGAUGCUGAAGCCACACCUACUCCUGGUGGAGGCAAUUCGUGUGUAGGAGCACAUUGUUACCGUCUUGUAUUCAUUGUAAUGGCGUGUACUUCCAUUGUUGGGGUUGGUCUUGACCUUUUGCUUGCGUUUAGAACGAAGGGGAUUUAUGCCAAGAUUCAUGCGAGCAAGAAGGCUAAGAAAUCUAGUGGUGCUCUUAGAUGA